AUGACACGAACUAAGUAUGGUACGAGAAUAAGAGGUUUGAAAUAUUACCAAAAACUAUUGGAAGUCUUCGUGUUAUUAACUAUAAUCAUUAGUAUUUCUUUAUAUGUUGCGUCAGAAGUAAAAGACGAAACUUCUAUUGCUCAAUUUGAACGUGUGCAGUCGAAAGUACGAGUAGCUAUUGUUAAUGCGGUUCGUUACCAUGGAGAAGUUUGGUAUUCUUAUAUGUAUACUGCACGAAUAAGAUGUGAAUGGCAAGUUUCACUUUUUACUAAUUUUCUGCCACUUAGCUACAAUAAUGAAAAUGGAUUUUCAUACCUGACGAGAUCAUGGUCACGUGAUUUACUUUCCACACCUCAACAACAUGUUACGUACCUUAUUAAUUAUCACUCAAUGAUUUGUUCACAUUCAAUUAUCAUUAUUUGUACAAUAGCAAACUCACACUUGGAAGAUAUUCUUUAUGUAUUACUGAAUUAUUGUGAUAAAAAUAGAUCGUUCCUUAUUCUUUUACAACUUCAUGACGUGAAAGUUGAUAUUCCAAUACUUGAACAAAUAUUUCUAAAUAUUUCAUCAUUUCGAUUGCAAAACCGAGUUAACAUACGCUAUCUUGUACUUGCUGAACAUAUGAAAUAUUUUGCGCGAAAUUAUAUGACAACUCAUUUUAAGGUGGACGUAUGGAAGCCUGCUUUUCCACUUGACUUACCUGAACAUAUGGAAGACGAUCAAUAUCAACAAUAUCAUGAUUUUAUUAUUCAAGGUAAACUAGAUGAUACAAGACGUAAUUAUUCUUAUUUCGCAAAGAAUAUUAAACGCUAUCAACAUCUUCUUGGUCAACAUAAAAUUGUUUUUACAAUUAUUGGUGUCGCAGAAACCAUAGACCGUCAUAAAUAUCUGAAGUUACCUGGUGUUCGUCUAUUUCUUUCAUCAAGUUACAUUCCAGCUUAUGCAUUUUAUUCUUUCAUUCAUCAGACCAUAGGUAUAAUUCCACUUUAUGCUAGAGAUGAUUAUCAUAUCAAUAAACAAUCUUCAACAAUUUUUUGUUCAAUUUUGACUCAAACACCACUACUUGCUACACAACGUCUUCUUGAUAGUCAUACAUUUAUACCUGAAGAAGCUGUGUGGUUACAAUAUGACAAUGAAACAGAAAUCGAUGCGGCAAUACGUAUUGUGAAAAGUUUUUCACCACCUGCAGCGUUUAGAAAAGUAUUAUUUACCAAAAGACAAAGACUAAAAGAUCUACUUGAAGGGUCAUAUAUAUACAAUGAAUAUCUACUGAAAAGUUAUGUUGAGGCAGUAGUAUAG